GGAAGUCUACUGUCAUCAGCUGGACAAACUGAAUGAUGCACUUCAACAGAAAAGGUUAGAACUAAUCAACAGGAAAGGUGUAGUAUUUCACCAAGACAACGCGAUACCUCACACAAGUUUGGUCACUUGCCAAAAGCUUUUACAGCUUAAAUGGGAUGCAAUGCUACACCCACUAUAUUCUCUAGACCUGGCACCAUCGGAUUAUUAUUUGUUCCGGUCACUCCAAAAUUUUUUAGACGGUAAAACCUUCACCUCAAAUGAGAAGGUCAAAAACCUCCUCGAUCAGUUUUUUGCCAGCAAAGACCAAAAAUUUUAUGAGCGUGGAAUUAUAUAUAUUAUAUAUAUAUAUCCAAUCAUUACAUAGUUAUUCCUUUUAUAUUAGUUUUUAUUUUUAUUUGAAAUUUAAACUUUUCAUAGCAUUGUGUAAAACUACCCUGUAUAAAUUAAUAUACCGCUGAUGGGCAUGACAUGUCAUUUGUUAAUUCCCAAUUAAUAUCAUUAAAUGAUGUCAUGAGAUUAGUAUUAUCUUAGAGUUUGUUUCGACCACCGCCCAUUAAAUAAUGCAACACCAGGAGAAUGGCAGGAGUGUUGCCAACUUUUAAAGCAGUAAACUCGUUUCUUGAAAGCCCUUUAGACGUAACGGUCUGGAAAAAUCGCCAAUGGUAAACAAUUCCACAGAAAAGUCGUGCAUGGAAGAAAACACCUAGUAAAUGUCACAGUAAUGGACCGCCAAGCAUCCAGAUGGUAUGGAUGGAAGCGUGUGUUUUGUCGCGAUGUCCGUUAUUGAAAUUUGGCGGCUGUAAUUAUUUCUAACUAUUCCUCAAAGCACUCUCCGUGGUAAAUAGGAUAGAAAAUGCAAAGGGAUGCCACGUCUCACCAUAGCGCCAGUGAAUAGAGCCAAUCGAAGAACACUUGGUCGUCGACGACUCGCGCCGCUUGGACGGAAAGCAGAGACGCCGACCGGAGAGGCCCGGCUCAUAAAUGAGAACAAUAUUCCAAACCUGCACCUUGUAAAGUUGCAAGCAGUGUGCCGGCAUGCAAUACUGUCCCGCUCUGCUGAGCACGCCAAGAUUUUUAAAGGAAAAUUUAGCCUUCCCUUCCAAGUGACUACGAAACUGUACGACAUUCGAUAUGUCAGCGCCGAGGAUUCCGAUACUUGCUCAGGCAACAUGGGGAGUGCGCUGAAAUAGAGGAGAUAUGACAAAGGGGGUAUUUUAGCGUAAAUGCGCAAACUUGUGUCUUCUGUGGUUUGAACUCAACUAUAUUCAGUCACUCCUAAUCCGAGACUUUGUUCAACGAAGACUCGACUUCACGCAAAGGCCAAUAGGAAGGGAGCUUAGAAAUAAGCGCUCUGUACCAAACGCGAUCGAAGACCUUCGCAAUGUCCAAACUAACGGCCUAGGCCUCCCUCUUGAACUCUACUGCCUGCACCCAUCUACGAGUCAGGUAACUUGAAUAGAAACCGCACUGUCGUCACUAUUCACCUGGUAACCCUCAAGGUAGCUCACAAGCUGGCAGUUUAUAAUGGCUUUCAUUAUUUUGGCGAACAAUGAGGUAAUGGUUAUAGGCCUGUAGUUAGAUGGGUCAGCCAUCUUAAGGGAUCGGGUAAAUUAAAACUAUAUUUGUAUUCUGGACUACGCCUAGGAUGUAAGAAUUUUGAAAAAGGCGCUAUAUUUCGAUGCAUGUAUUUCACGAGUUUCCGAAGGAAGGUGAACUAGUUUCUCGCCAAAUCUGCCGAUGUUCUCUGAUUUUGCAAUGGAAAUUAAUUUUUUUGAAGGGCCUGGAGGCGAAAUUAUUGUUCUUUUUAAGAGCGCUAGUCUUUACAUCCCGGGACAUCGAUGCGUUUUAAUAGGUUUUAACAGGUCCAGUAAUACUUCUGCUUAUAAACUGAUGCAAUUUUACAGGAGCGACCAAACCAUAGCUGAAACCAGCCUCCGAUGGACACCUCAGAUGAUGAAAUAAAGAGUUCCAUUCCCUGAAGUACCACAUCAGCGACAUAAUCAGCAACAACGUUGGGAUCAUCUGUCAAAAAGUAUACCCACCCCCAAGAGUAGGAUGCAAAGAAAACCACAUCCUGUCCCAAUUGUACCAACUCGGUGGCAACCUGCAGAACGCAACUGCGAAGGGAGCGUGAGUGGAAAUGUAUUCGAGAUCAGACAACGGUCCGAAGAGCCAAGAGGGGCGUUGACGGAGAGACAAAAUGUGAGGUCAGCAGAGUGUUCUACAGGAAAGGUGCAUGAGCCUCCACAUCUGGAAUCCACGUAGGGGAAGUAAUAAUUUGUGUAGUAUCAUAUGCCAAAGUAAAGCAAUAAACAGAUCUUCCCUUAUUAUUGAUUAAAGAAGAACAAAGCCAUUCAACGUGGUGGGCGUUUAAAUCAUCAAGGAUCAUGAUCAUUGCAGAUGGGACCUGUUAUAGCAUGGAUUCUGCAGCCAUUUGAACUAGGUCGAUGAGUUAGUCUGUGUCGGCAUUACCUAUAGAGGCACCCGUAGAUGCGGCGAAGUAUUGAGACGUCCGUACCUUCAAGACUGAGCAGAUGUCCUCUCUGAGGUGUUCUAAUGGCGAGUCGACAGGUUAUAACGUCGUAUUUUAUAUGAACGAAGAACCUUUAAAAUCGAUCUGUAACGAAGGCGUUUGUUCUUGGGAAGACUUUGAAAUGAAACUUAAACCUUUUAUUAAUACUACGACGGCCUUUUGUUAAUAGAAAAAAUAUAUUUUUUGUAAUCUACACUAAUAUAAUAAAGUGGAAGACACUUUU